AUGUUGCAUUCUUCAGGACAAAUAUAUCAGGAUCCCUCCCCAGUGAGAUUUUCCAUUUGGCAAAUAUCAAAAGCAUGCAGAAUUUGUCCUUCCUGCAGUAAUAGGAAACAUGCACAAGUUGGAGAGGCUCUCUCUUGGCCAUCGGCAGUCUGGUGGGUUCAAUUCAAUCCCAGUGGAAAUAGGGAAACUUACCAACCUG